AUGAAGCUGCCUUGCACAUUCCCUACUCAUUCUGUGGAUUGCCCAUUUUCUUGCAAACCACAUUGUGUCUCAAAUGGACCUGUUUUUGUUAUUGUGAUUGAGAAUGAUAAGAUGUUUGUGCAGGAGCUCCCAGCAAAUUCAUCUGUUAUAAAUCUGUUGGAAAGAACAGGUCGAGGUAGUUAUAGAUGGACUCCCUAUGGAUUCCCUAUGAAGGAAGAGUUGAGGCCACGGCUGAACCAUGAGCCAGUUAGCGAUCCCACCUGCAAGCUAAAAAUGGGGGAUGUAGUGGAAUUAACUCCAGCCAUCCCAGACAAUUCACUGAUAGAAUAUCGGGAGGAGAUUCAACCUAUGUAUGAUAGGGGUCUUACCAUAUCAAAGCAUGGUGCCUGCUGCCAAUACCAUGGCUGGGUUAAGAAGUUGACCCCUUGGCUGCUCCAAUUGUAUUAUGCCAUUGAUAAACGACUAGUUAUUCUGUAUAUAAACGACAACCCUUUGUACAGAACAGCUUAUUGCUUAUGUUUAUGA